CUGGUCAAUUAAAAUUAUAUCAAAUAUCAGAUGUAUUAAGACCACCGGUUAAACGAGAACAAUAGAUAUUACGAUACGAGAAAAACUACACUUAGACAGAGACUGGUGUUUACUUAAAGGGUCGCACUUCUAUCAAUGACCUCAGGGUGUCAACACAAUAUUGUACCACAUAUAUUUAAAGACGACUUCUUUGGGAGUAGGAUUGUGGGGCGGAGAAGUGGAGAAACUUUGUAAAUGACACUUAGCUUGGUCUUUAAUUAGUAAUGUUUAUCGAUGUACGUCCCAGUUUAACGUAAAAUGAGAUGCGAUCUUCUAGACUAUAAAGAUGAAGUGGAAUUUACAUUUAAUCAUGGGAGUAUGUCAUCAAAGCGAAAGAACACACCAACCAAAUUGUCCCAGGACAGUCUUGUGAAUGAAGCCAUCACAGAAAGUCUAAACAGUGAUUGUAGUGUAAGUGACGACGAACUUGAAUCCAGAUUUCAAAUAGUGACAAAAACAGAUAGCGAAUCAGACUCUUGUUCAGAGGGGAGACCAACAAGCAAAAAACAGAGAAUUUUACAAAGUGUCAAACGCGACUCUGACUCCGAAUCAGAAACAUCGCAGCUUGCCAACGGUGUUAAUAAUACAACAACAAAGUCCUCUUCGGGAUUGCAUCGCAAAUCAAUGGACAGUGUCUUACGACGUCUGACAUCACGGACAGAAAUGGCCGAAUGUGACCUAGAGAACAAUAACAUGAACGAUCAGCAGCAUGACAGGAAAGUAGAAGAGAGCUUGAAAGUCUUGCUCAGUGGGGGUGACAGUCUGAAUGACAAGGAAAAGAGACUUAGUGAAAUGAUCGAACAACUCCAAUCUCUGAAAGACACCAUUUCAAGGAAAAAACAGGAUCCAUAUACAGUAAAUGGUUCAGAUAAUAGGAAUGUUCCAUCUUCAGUGACCUCGUCCCAUGUGUCUUCCAAAAGUUCAUCUCCUGUAACCAUAGAUACGAAGAGACGUUCAGUAUCACCUCUGACUGCAUCACCACCAUAUAAGGUAUCUCCACAGACCUCACCAAGCAUGAGACAACCAAGUCCUCAGACUUGUCCUUCACCUCUGUGGACAGAUCCAGCCAGACAAGAAAUACCACUCAAUCUCUCAAAGCCCAAAACUGAGGUCAAAGAUGAUUAUGAAACAUACAACCGUGGAAAGUCAGAUGUCAUGACUCCUCCUCCUGCUCACAACAACCAUCAUAGGAGACAACCUACACCUUCCUCGCCUCCUCCAGAAACUCCACCUCCUUUCAUGGGAGUUGGAAACCCAUUUGGAUUCCCUCAGUACCAUCCCUUCAUGAUGAACCCAAUGACAUCUAAUGUGUUUACCAACUUCACUGCACGCCCACCUAUCUUCAAUGGAAAACAUCUAGACAAGGAGUCACUGGUUCAGGAUGCACUAGCUAAACAUCUCGCCCAGUCUGCUAGUACACCAGUUUUUCCAGGGUUUGCAGGAUUGCCUAUGUUUGCUGGUGCACAUCUUCCACAAAUGCCACAGUUACCAGGGGUCAAGGAAAGGUCAGAUCCUCAGGAUGAAGACAGUCAGAAUAGCAGUAGCUAUGUCCAACAUUUGCAAAGUAAAAUGUUUGGCGCCAAAAUCAUUCGCUCACCAAAAGACAAACCAGAGCCUGCAAAGCCACACAUUAAACGUCCAAUGAAUGCCUUCAUGGUAUGGGCAAGAGAAGAAAGGAGAAAAAUUCUCAAGGCUUGCCCAGAUAUGCAUAAUUCCAACAUUAGUAAAAUUUUAGGAGCGAAAUGGAAGGCUAUGACAAAUGCAGAUAAACAACCCUACUAUGAAGAACAAUCUCGACUCAGUAAAUUACACAUGGAGGCUCAUCCUGAUUAUAGAUACAGACCUAGACCCAAACGAACUUGCAUUGUUGAUGGAAAGAAAUUACGCAUCUCUGAAUACAAACAGUUAAUGAGGUCACGACGACAAGAUAUCAGACGUGUUUGGUACGGUGAUUCUGGUACUACUUAUGUAGAGGGAUUACUCAAUAAUGGAGAAGGAGGAACCACAUCAAGGUCACCUUUUGACAAUGGCAACCCAACAAUGAAUGGAUCUCCAUCCACGUUCCACAAUAGCAUCCACCAUAACAAUGAAAACAUGGUGAACGGUGAAGAACCAAUGGACAGUAGUGAUGGUGAAUUUAGUGACAAUAUUGACGCUUCCUCUGACAUUAGUAGGGAAUCCUCAUCAUUUAAUUCAACAAAUAGAAAUAGUUCCCAUGGAAACAGUAGUCUGCAACAAGCUGCAACGUCAUAGUAACUGUGUUAUGUUAUGUAUGAACAAAUGGCAGCAGGGUCUCAUAUAUUGUUGUUUUUCUUUAUUUUAUUGUACGAAAGAGUGCUUGAAGUAAACAGGACUGAUGACUAAAAAAAAAAAUGUUAGACGGUAAAUUGAUAGUGUAUCAUUCUGUGGUUAGUACUUGCAUUUUAUAUGUGUUCAUUGAGAACGAAAAUAUUGAAUGAUUUGAAAUAUACAGUUUAUUUUCAUAAAUGAUAAUGACAUAUAAGUUUUAUAUAUUUUGAAAAAAAAAUUGCUGAAAUAAAAAUUUUAUUUCACUUUAUUGUGCAUAAAAGAAUUCAUAUCAAGAGAUAUUUUUUUAUUAUUUUUUUUUGCAUUGAAAAAAUUUGAGUGCCAUUUGAAUUAUUCUCAUUAUCUGCCUUUGAAUAGAAACUUUAAACAGAAAUUGCAUGUUGACUUUGAAUUUAAAGUUAUAUUAUUUAUGAAAAUGAACUGGUAGAUAUUUACCCAUUCAAUUAUAAACAGCAGAAUGAAAUUCUGAAGUAAGUGUUUAUAAUACUUAUCUAAAUUUAUAACACUUUGCAUAGUUGUUAACUUUUGUAAAACACUCAUCUGAGUGGAUUUUUUUAGACACUCAAUUAGGUGUUUAUUUUAUUUUGGUGCUAGAAGUAUACAUGUUUGUGUGUCUGUUCAGGUGUUAGUGAAGUAGUUGUGAUAGUGCUUUUAUGUAAUCGAUAAAUAUGAUCCAUCCAUGUUUUUUGACAGAACUACAAAACUGUUGACUAUAUGCACUCACUUGGCAUUUGUCCUUGACCAGACUUAUUAAUUUAUAAAUUAUAAAAUUUUGUUAAAUUGUCAUUUUAAGUUUUUUUUUAAGUAUUUUUUUCUCCUUUUUUUAAUUAAAUAUUUUUUUCUUUCAAUUUUUCAUUAAAAAGAUAUUUAAAAAUAGAAAUUAUGACAAAGAAUUAUCAUUAAUAUUAAAGGACUUUGAAUUGAAACUCUGUGUAUAACUUUGUUAAAUACUUGAUUUAAAAAAGAAAUUGUUAAUUUAAAAAUAUGUUUUGGUGAGUGUCUGUUGUUAUUUUUAGCUAUGUUGCCAUGACGAUGUCCACUGACGGGACAAAUUUUCAUGUAAUGUAUGGUGCAGUCAUAGUGACAUUGUCUUUUGAUUGGUUGAAACCUUCCAGUCUUAUAUUGGGUCCAAUUUUUUAUAUAUAUUUGAAAAAUAUUACGCAUGAAUUUUAUUGUGUUAAUACGCAAAUAUAUUUUGUAUUAAACUCAGGCAGACUCCUGCUAAAAGUCCCAUUGUGUAUAUAUGUUGGAUGAUUAUAUGGAGAACCAUUGUCUCAUUGUAAUAAACAAAUUUUUAGUGAAUAUGCAAGUUUCAUAUUGUUUAUUUUAGCAUUUUCUUUGUAUUCCUCAAUAAGAAGUAACAUUUGUUUUUCUUAGGUUGAUUUAUAAGUAAAUUUUUAUAAAAUUUCCAAAAUAUAUUAGAUAUAUAUGAACUACUUGAUGAGUUACAUAUAUGUUAUAUUAGAAAUGAUAAUUCUUUCUUCUUGAAAAACAGAAAUCAUUGAAGAUUUUGUUGUCUUCCUUUGGCAAUUUAGAACUGGUUAUACAUAUACAUAGCUCUAAUUUAAUAGUGGAUUAAGUUUCACUUUUUGAUUCUUUUGAUUAUUUAGGCUUAUCAAUGUUUUUUAAAUUUCCAAAAUGUUAAGUCUUGUGUGCGUAAUUGAAGAAAUGUUAUUAGUUGAAUUGAGCAUCAGAUGAAUUAGAAUUGGUACCAGUUGAUAUUUUGCAGAUGAUAUUCCUAAACAGUAGAAUUUUUACCAGUUUAUAUCCUUCUGACAAUAUUCUUAAACAUUUGUAGAAUAGGUACCAGUUGAUAAUCCUCAACUUUACAAAAAUUAGUAUAAUCCUCAACUUUAUAAAAAUUAGUAAUAAUCCUCAACUUUAUAACAAUAAGAAAAAGAAAUACAAAGAAUUUGCUGAAGCUAACAUGAUAACUUAUGUACAGUACAAAUGUAGGCUGUUAGCAUUUAUUUUUUGUUAAAUUUGUUACAUAUAUAUAUAAUUAUAUUAAAAGUUAGAAAUAUUAAUUUUAUGUUAUAACUUUUUUUGCUCAGAGCUGCCAUAACAAAUUACUGCUAGAUAAUAUCGUCUUCUACAAAUUCAUGAUGGAAAAAAAUAUAUAAAAUUUUUUGACCAUUUUUGAAAUUCUGCAUUGCUUUUCUAUAACUUUUCCUAAUUUAGGUGCUUGUGAGACUUGCAUGAAAAAUUCUUAAUUUAGAUACCACCAGUUGAAAAUAGUUCCAUUUUCAUAACGAUUGAUAUAUUCCAUGUUUCAAACACAAAUUCCUACUCAGAUACAAUGUAGUAUCUUAGCAACCAUUUAGUAACCAUGACAUCCAUUUUUUUGUUUUUGUUAUUUAUUAUUUGUUAACAUAUUUUUUGUGUAGAACAGUAAAAUAUCAGCAAUUGUUAUUUUGUCAAAUAAAAAAUAUAUAUAUUGGGCAUAUAUGACAAAAUGUCCAAAAUUGUAUGAAGCUAGUAGUAUUUUUUAACAUGCAUUUAAACUUAAAGUUGCAUUUUGUACUUAAAUAUUGGAACUGAGGAGACAAAAUGGAAACUAGAUUGAUAUUUAGAUAUUUCUAGUCAGCCAUCCAUAGGAUGCAUUUAAAUUUUUUGUUUAUGCAACAUAUAUAUUUGAAAUAGAAUGCUUACAUUACUUAAAGCUAUUAUUGAAGUUACCCAACUGUUCUUUCCUGUGGACGCAAAUUUAGAAGCUGCUCUGAAUUUGAUCUAUUGCGUUAAUAUAUUGGAACUACAAAAAUAUGGCUAUUACAAGUUUGAUGUUUGCUCAUCAGCUAGAACUUUCUGACAAUUACCUUAGGUCAUCAGAUAUUUUUGUAAACAUACUUAUUGAAGAUUUUGAGUCAUGUACUUUAAAUCGUUAUAAACUUGAUGUUAAAAAAACAAAAGGAAAUAAAAAAUCAGGUGAAUAAAAAAGAAGCAGUACAUCUGCCAUUUCAUGACAAUGAGUAAUUUUAUUGUUUGUACCCCAAAUUAAAACCAUUACACCAUUGUUGACAUAUCUAUGGCUUGGAAAAAUGUUCACCAAUCACAACUUUUUGGUGUACGCUUUUGAAAUUAUAUCCAAAACACAUUAGAUUCUGCAAUUGUGAAUUUUAGGGGAGAUAACUCAUGAUUUGAAAUAUUUGCAAAAAUAUGUGAUGACUUCUGUAGGUAAAACAAUCAUAUAACUGCUUAUAUUAGGAUGAUUAUUUGUCAUGUGACAUUAAGGUGCCAUUUUGAACAAAUUCUUAACAUAACCUUGACAACCAUUGCUGAUACUAAUUAUUUGUUUACAAAAUAGCUAAUGAACAAACAUUGUUUACAGUUAUUUUAAUUUUUUUGUGACAUCAGAUUAUUAAUUAAAUAAUAAACUUUUUUAAUUUA